CACUUGUUGAGUGUUAGGAGUACGUCGUAAGAGUGCACUCAGUCUACGUCUAUUAUUUUUUGUAAUUACUGCACACGGUGCAGACUUACUUACGAGACUUACGCUACUAACUUACUUAUCGUCGGUUUUCUAUCCGCGAAAUCUCGGUUGGAAAAUUUUUAAAUAAUUUUUAAAAAAUUGUGCAAUUUAAAAAUUACCUACUGCAAAAUUUUGCGGAAAGAUUAUUUUGUUGCGCAACGACAUGAGUGCUGUGUGGAUUUUUUUUAAAGAAUAAUUAUUGUCUGGGGGGGCCACGGCGCCUAUUUGCGAGGGAGACAUCAAUGCCGAACUCGCGCCCUGUAUUAUAUGUGGCACGUGGCAUCGCGGUGCAGGGAAUUAGAUAUAUGUAUAUUUAUAAUAUGAAUUGUGAUAAGUGUUAAUUUGAAUUAACAACACAGAGGGCGUGUUUAGUGAUACAGGCUUUGUAAUAGAUAUGUUAUAUAUUAUAUGUGUUGUAUUUUAGAUUUAAUCGGGCUUUCUUCACUUUGUUGUUAUUGUUGGUUUGUUGGUUGGUUGGUUUUAUUAGUUUGUUAUUUUCUGGAGGAGUAAGACAAGAUUUUUAUCAGUGGACUUAUUAGAAGUUUGCAUGAUCAUGGCUAUGAAGAGCAAAAAACAGUACGGUGGUGUCGCACAUGUUAGUGCUGGUAGUCAGUAUCCUGCUAUUAAUCAGACUUAUUGGGCGCCACAGUCUCAGACUGUACCCUACUCGCUUCCAGAUCGGAAGCUAUUUGUUGGCAUGCUGUCAAAGAAGUACAGCGAAAAUGAUGUAAGAAACAUGUUUGACGUUUAUGGCGCAAUUGAAGAGUGCUCGGUAUUGAGGGAUAAUAGUACCGGGCAAAGCAGAGGAUGUGCCUUUGUUACAUUUGCAACUAAACAGCAUGCCAUUAAUGCUAUUAAAGCACUCCAUCAUUCCCGUACAAUGGAGGGUUGUUCAUCGCCAUUGGUUGUCAAGUUCGCUGACACGCAAAAGGAGAAGGAUCAAAAGCGAUUGCAGCAGUACCAAGCAAACUUAUGGAACAUUGCGGGUACAGUUGGGAUGCCAGCGCCGCACUAUUUAACGAACAAUGAUACUCAUGCAUUGGCAUCCGCGCAAUUACUCCAACAGCUACAAACAACCCUGACACCGGGUGUAGGACCCUCAGCGGUAGCUUGUCCCACUGGCGCAAGUAAUCCAGCAGCCAUCAGUACCGUUCAGCACCAGCUGCUGAUUCAGCAGCACCUUGGCCUGAACGGAGCCGCGGCUGUAACUCCUCAGGCUGUUGCAAGUCUCCCAGAGAUGACCCAGAGUCAUCUCCAAGGACUGGCAACUCUGGCGACUUUGGGCGGUGCCAACACUGGCGAAUACAUCGGAGAUUUUGUUUAUCUUACAGCUAAUCCCGUCGGCGUUACCUCACCCAUGAGCAUGCAAGAUCUUAUGGCACUCGCAUCGAUGACUAAUGCUGCUAAUAUUCAAGUACCUUCUGGCACAUUGGGUGGAUUAGUUAAUUCACAGGGAAGUCUCACUCAAUGGCCAACAGCAACGCAAGUUACCAAUAAUGGAACAGCAGUUAGUAACGCAAAUGGGUUUAGUCCAGUAUCUCUUACACUUAACUCUCUGGCUGGGACAGCAUCGUUAAGUGCUGGUGCUAACGCUGGUAGCCUUCAAGACUCAUUAAACAAUGCUUACUCAAGCUUGCAACAAUAUGCAGGAUUCUCGGCGCUGCCGACUGCUGGACAGACUGGAACGACCACAGGGAACUCCUCAGUUGCAUCGGCUGUAGCUGCUGCAGCAUUGGCAGCGCAGCAACAAGCGAUGAUUAUAAAUGCUGCUGGAAAACAAAUCGAGGGCCCUGAGGGCUGCAAUUUAUUUAUUUAUCAUCUGCCUCAGGACUUUACGGAUUUUGAUCUUGCGUCCACUUUUGUACCUUUUGGUAACAUGCUGUCUGCUAAAGUUGUCGUUGAUCUCAAGACAAAUACCAGUCGUUGCUUUGGUUUUGUAUCGUACGACAAUCCAGCAAGUGCAGCAGCAGCUAUUCAAACAAUGAAUGGUUUUCACAUAGGCGCUAAGAGACUUAAAGUUGAACAUAAACGAGCCAAAGAAGCUGCCAAACCGUAUUAACAGGGUGCUAAAACAGGCGCAGUUUUCAGGUGCAGGCCUGUGACGUUGUGGCCGGAAUAUUACUGUGUGCCAUACCAUGUCUAUCUCGCAAAUAAAAAU